CAGCGUUGAGAAGAUCACCAACAGACGAUGCCUUCGCCUGGUUCGCGAGGUGCUUCCUGCUAUUCAACACAUAGGACAACUCAUCCAGACUCCCCGAGGCGUUCUCGAUGUCCCUCACCGAAGAAAAUUUCACCGAUAUCCCUUUCGCAUGUUCAAAGCUCAGCUUCAGACCUCAUAGGUUCAAUAGACUAUGAAAUCAGUGGCUUGGAUUCGAUUCCCGCGAGGGAUAUAAAAUUACUACAGGCCUUGGCAAGAAAAAAAGAAGAAAACGAUGAAAGAGACAAACUAGCUGAACACUUCCAGAAGAUGUGGUUAAAAGAAAAAGAAGAAAGAGAGGCUAUGGAAGUGCAAACAUCGGAACAGUAUCGCCGCUACUUACACCAGAAAAGAAUUCAAGAUAAAAGAUGGUAUGAAUUUCGUUCGAUGCAGCAGGCAGCCGUUCAGCAGGCUAAGAGAGAGCAAUUGAUGUACUACAUACAACAUAAAGCCCAAAAAAGCGCAGAGUUUAGAUCACGGAAAGAAGAUAGGGAGAUAAUGAAAGUAAUAGAUAGAUCGAUGGAGGAAGAAGCUCGUUUAUGUCUGGCUGCAGAGCGGCGAUUGCGACUCAACGCGGCGGACAAUUUGCGGAAAAGAGCUGAACUAUACUAUGCGGAAAGAAAAGAGGACGAUGCCAGACUUAAACGGCGCGCUAUGUUACGAGAUACGGCUAAGCGUGUGGCAAUUAAUAACGCCCUAACAAGUUGGGAGACAGCACUUCAACGUCACGAGUUAGCCAGCGAGGACGCGGCGCGGCGUGCAACGUACGCGACGUUGUAUGCAAGGAAACGAGCACGUGGCUUUAGAGUGACGCGCGCUAUGGACAAGAGGCGCGCCAGAGCGAGACGGAUAGCUGCUGUAACUGAGCUUAUGAGGGACGCUAUUAGGAAUACCUAGAAACAGUUAUGUAUCCGAUAAAUUUGACUUGUGAAAAAUUUCACAGUUGAUAGAAAUAGAAAAUAAUUGCAAAUGAAAUAAUGUAGUACAUAGGUAAUAGAUAAUAAGGCAGUCAAGACUGUUACAUUCCUCUUUACGUAUACUUUUUUUAACUCUACUAAAACAAUUACUGUCCUAGUUUUAUUAAUAGGAAUUAUAUUGAUUUCAAAUUGCCAAUAAAGAUAAUAUUUUAAUUCUGAAAUAAUUAUUAACAAUCAGUUAGCAAAGAAUUAAUCUUAUAGUUAUAAUAUAUAAUGUUCCCUUUACUUUGUCCGUUUUGAUAAGUUUUUGUUGAGUGUUUUUUGUGAAGUCACUAUCACUUUAUAGUGACUUUACAAGUGUACAUUUAAAUUUGUUAAACUAUUAUG